AUGGCUGACUUCCGAGCAACAACAAUGGAGGCCGACGAGUCCUGCAUGUCACCACCGAGACGUCGCAUAUCCUAUCGUGCCCUGAUGCUGGACUAUGGCUGGGUGGACCGCGAUAUUCUCGAAUACCGGUACUCUAGCUCCGGGACGGUCGAGGAUCCUUUCCGAGGUGUCGCCAUGAUAUUCUUUUCUUCGGCACCCCUGUUCGGUCCCUCCCUUGGCCCAAUCGUUGCGAUCCUGUAUGGCACGAAACGCCUACCAAUGUCCCUGGUCGGCUGUGUCGCCAUUCCUAUCGGUCUGUUCUGGUUUGCUUGGACAAAUGACCCUUCCUCCUCCUGGCUCAUCUCCAUUGCAGCCCAAGCACCCUUCGGUUUUGGCUUCGUCCUUGUCUACAUCUCUAUCCAGAACUACCUCGUCGACGCAUAUACCAUAUACGCUGCCAGUGUGCUUGCCGCAAAAGCCAUGCUGAAGUCUGUCUUCGGCGCCGCCUUUCCACUUUUCACAGGCAGCUGA